GCUAAGAUGAAGUCUCUGGUGCAACCUAUCCUGCUUUUGGCAGCAAUUUGUUUCAGGACAUCUCUUGCCCAGCUAUCAGGGAACUGUCUUUCUGGCUUACCAGGUAUUCCUGAGACAAUUGAUCGUGCACUGCAAGCUCCACUUCUAAGUAUAAACCAGAGGAUUGCAAAACUGGAAGCAGUUCUUAGUUUGACUGGACAAUUGUAUCAAGUAGGAGGAAAAAUGUUUGCCACUAAUGGGGAGCAAGUUGAUUUUGAGGCCUCUAAACUGACCUGUGAAAAGGCUGGUGGACGAAUUGCUACUCCAAAGAAUGAAGCAGAGAACAAUGUUGUGCUAAGUAUUUUAAAGAAACACAAUAAAUAUGCAUACCUAGGUGUUACAGAGGGGGUUAUUUCCAGCAUAUACCUUUACCUUGAUGGAACUCCUCUUAGCUAUUCUAACUGGAACAAAAAUGAACCCAAUGGUAAAGGAAAAGAAAAAUGUGUGGAAAUGUACACAGAUGGUCUGUGGAAUGACAAAGCUUGCAACCAAAAUCGUCUUACAGUUUGUGAAUUCUAGUCUAAUAAAAUAUCUGUUAAGUAUGUUAAAUAAGAAUAUAUUAAAUAUAUACUGUAUAUAUAUCCAACCAAACCAUUCAUUAUUAAUAAAAUUGUAUUAUUAAUAUACAGUAACUGUGUUCUUAUUUAACUGUAUGACUUUUUGCUUAAGAUG